AUGAUGAUGAUGAUGAUGAUGAUGAUGAUGAUGAUGAUGAUGAUGAUGAUGAUGAUGAUGAUGAUGAUGAUGAUGAUGAUGAUGAUGAUGAUGAUGAUGAUGAUGAUGAUGAUGAUGAUGAUGAUGAUGAUGAUGAUGAUGAUGAUGAUGAUGAUGAUGAUGAUGAUGAUGAUGAUGAUGAUGAUGAUGAUGAUGAUGAUGAUGAUGAUGAUGAUGAUGAUGAUGAUGAUGAUGAUGAUGAUGAUGAUGAUGAUGAUGAUGAUGAUGAUGAUGAUGAUGAUGAUGAUGAUGAUGAUGAUGAUGAUGAUGAUGAUGAUGAUGAUGAUGAUGAUGAUGAUGAUGAUGAUGAUGAUGAUGAUGAUGAUGAUGAUGAUGAUGAUGAUGAUGAUGAUGAUGAUGAUGAUGAUGAUGAUGAUGAUGAUGAUGAUGAUGAUGAUGAUGAUGAUGAUGAUGAUGAUGAUGAUGAUGAUGAUGAUGAUGAUGAUGAUGAUAUCAACAAUAACGAUAUCAACUGAAAGAAAGUUACAUAAAAAUAAAAAAUUAGAUAGAAUCACUAAUGUGAUGAUAUUGGGCGAUGCUAUUAUAUGA